AUGGCUCCUCAUGUGGGAUUCGAUACCGAACAGAUAAGAGACAAGGCUCGUAAGGACUUGCUCUAUCUCCUCGAAGGAGUCCGUGGAAAGAAGAAUCUCGUAAUUGAGAAGAGCCUCGCCGGCCCUGUCGGCUUAAUAGUCAAAGCCUCUACGCUGAGGGAUUAUGGAGUCGAUAACUUCUUCUUCCUUGAGAACAAGAACGCCGAUACUAGCCAGCGAAAUGUCGUCUUCAUCGCCCGGGGCGAGUGUGCCCAGCAUGCUCGGGCUAUCGCAGACCAGAUGAAAAAGCUGCAACGCGAAAGCCAAACCGGUCACGAAUUCCACAUCUUCUGGGUACCCCGUCGCACGUUGUUGUCGGACAAGUUACUUGAGGAAUCUGGUGUUCUCGGCGACGCCAACAUCGCCGAGCUGCCACUGUAUUUCUUCCCUUUGGAAAAGGAUGUUCUGUCACUGGAACUGGACGACUCAUUUCGGGAUCUCUACCUGUCUAAAGACCCAACGCCCACAUUCCUUCUCGCCCGUGCUUUAAUGGGAAUCCAGCAGAAGCACGGCCUCUUUCCCCGAAUCAUUGGCAAAGGCGACAACGCAAAAAGAGUCGAGGAAUUGCUGUCUCGCAUGCGACAGGAGCUGCUGGCUGGCGAAGAUGCAAACGAGACAGAUAAGAUUGGGCUGACGCCGAGCACGACAACCGAGAGCCUCAUCAUCAUCGAUCGCGAAGUUGACUUUGUCACGCCGUUACUUACACAGUUGACGUAUGAGGGUCUGAUCGAUGAGGUAUUCGGCAUUCAGCACAAUCAGACCGAUGUCGACUCGACCGUUGUUGGCGCGCCGGUCCAAGUAGCACCUCAGCCUCCAGCAGCUGCACCAGGAGCGUCGGCGACGUCGGCGGCAACUACGCAGGCAAGGAAGCGCAAAAUACAGCUUGAUUCGUCAGACAGGUUGUUUGAACAGCUCCGAGACACCAACUUCGCCAUUGUCGGGAGCCUCCUUGGCAAGGUUGCUCGCCGUUUAAAGACGGACUUCGACAGCAGGCAUAACACGCACACAACAGCCGAACUGAGGGAUUUUGUGAAUAAGCUGCCAGGGCUGCAAACGGAGAAACAAAGCCUGAACAUCCAUAUCGCGUUGGCUGAAGAAAUUAAGAAACAGACCCAAUCAGAAGAAUUCAUCAGGCUCCUCGAGGUGCAACAAAAUCUCGUUGCCGGCGCGGAUCCAUCGUCUCAAUUCGACGCGAUCGAGGAGCUCAUAGCUCGAAAUACACCCUUGCCUCAGGUGCUUCGGCUUCUAUGUAUUUACUCAUGCAUAUCAGGCGGCAUCAAGGCAAAGGAAUUCGACCUUUUCCGCCGGUUGAUUCUGGAGGGUUACGGAUAUCAGCACCUCCUAACCCUACAUGGCUUGGAAAAGCUGCAAAUGUUCCUCUCCAGGUCGUCACCACUGGCAUCCAUGAUCCCAAUGGCGGGCUCGGCUGGCGCGAUAGGGACGAAGACCAAUUACACCUACCUCCGAAAGCAGCUCAGAUUAAUCGUCGACGAAGUCAAAGAACACGAUCCGAACGACAUCGCUUACGUCUACAGCGGGUAUGCCCCCCUCUCGGUCCGCCUCGUACAGUGCAUAUUGCAGAAACAGUACCUCCUCUCGAUGACAAGAGGAAACGGUGUGACAAGCGCAUCCAGUGCGACAGCCGGAGGGGCUCAAGGCUGGCGAGGCUUCGACGACGCCGUGAAACACGCCAGGGGCCAUACGUUCGACGAGUUCCAGAAGGGCGAGGACAAGGCUGUCAAGGCCCGGGCGCUCCUGUCGGGCGGGGGCGAAAAGAAGACGGUAUUCGUCGUAUUUGUCGGCGGGAUCACAUUCACCGAGAUCGCGGCGCUUCGGUUCAUCGCCAAGAAGGAAGAAGGUCGAAGAAAUAUCGUCAUCUGCACGACCUCGAUUGUCAGUGGGAACAAGAUGAUGGAUGCGGAAACCGAGUGUGGGAAACGGCCGUUGAAGUGCCUGGACUCAGAUUUCUCAUUCACCUCGUCAUACUCCAGUCUAGGCAAACCCCUAUCCUCUUCCACGACCAUAUCCGACGUCGAACUGGCAUCUCGGGAGUCUGGGAAGGAUCCAAAAAUCUGUUUCGAGGACAUCGUGCCCGAGAUAAUAGUCCGAACCGACGGCAUGGAAAUCGUCGAUGAAGGAACGCCGGGGUCGUCAACGCCGGCACAAGAAAGUGUCAGCACCCCGAUGCCAAAUCCUACCCCGGUCCUGCCACAACUUGAUGGGAUAACCGAGGAUGUCAGGAUAUCAUUUGGAUCGCCCAUGUCGGCCAUGUCAGACCAAUCCGAGCUAUCGUCUCCGCCGUCUACUCUGUUCAGCAAGGCUACCACCCCCGUUGACACGGACAGCUCGAAAGAGGCUUCAGCCCAGUCAGGCCCACCACCAAUACCUAUCUGUAGACCUAGCGAGGGCCCGAGACGGAAGUACGAUGUUCGCCCUAAAAUCUCUGUCCCUUCUGACUUGCAGCCACACGAGUAUGCGAUGCAGUGCAUCGCUGCUGCUGAGUCGUCACGGCUCAACCCCUAUGCUCUGCAUCAAGAGGAAUACCUGAUGCUCCGAAACCACAUCAGCCAUGCCCAGGUAACGACCUACCUCAACAUACGAAAUGGCAUCCUCCGGCUGUUUGUAAGGAAUCCACAGAUUGCGGUGACCAGAGAGGAAGCCGUUGGCUGUGCCAAGGACACAAGGUGGUUUGAUGUCGCCAGUGUAUGCUUUGACUGGCUUGUGCGGAGGGGAUACAUCAAUUUCGGCUGCGUCGAGAUCAAGCCCUCUCAAGAAACCCAAAACACAGCUUUGCCUGUCAGAGGGAAGCGGAAGAGGGUCGUCGUAAUCGGCGCAGGAAUGUCUGGCCUGGGCUGUGCGCGGCAGCUUGAGGGUCUAUUCGUGCAAUAUUCUGACAAGUUUCGCGAGCUGGACCAAGAACUACCCGAGGUUGUUGUAGUAGAGGGUAGGAAUAGGAUUGGGGGAAGAGUCUAUUCUCGACCCUUCAAGUCUAAACCGGAGCCUGCUUCCUCCUUUAAAGGAAGCCGAUCCACUGCUGAGAUGGGCGGCAUGAUCAUUACCGGUUUCGACCGCGGAAAUCCCCUGAACAUCCUUGUUCGGGGGCAGCUUAGCCUUCCUUAUCAUUCUCUCCGGUCCGAUACCACAAUAUACGAUUCCAACGGCAAACCCGUUGACCCGGUCCGAGAUCAGUUGGUGGAGAAACUCUUCAAUGACUGCCUGGAUCGGGUGAGCGAGUACAAGUUCAAGCAGCCGCCGUCAAAGCUCAUCGAGGGUAACCGGGAUCUAAUGGACGAGGGCCGCGACAGUUCUGCGGAAGUUCACAAGACCAUCGCCCAUGUUGAGGAGACGACGGCCGCACAGCCGCAUGGCCCACCAGUCUCGGAACUCAACAUCGCUCCGCAGGUGAACCUAGUCCCGGUCUCUUCAGAUCGAGUGACUGGCCGGGUUCUCGUCGAGCCGGGCACCCCCGGUACCCUGAAGGCAUCCUAUAAGGCCAGGCUGAUGGGUUGGCCGCUCAAGAGUGGCGUUGCCGGUGAAGAUAUCGACCUCGAGUCUGCAACCAGGGAACCGGGCUCAAACCUUGGAUCAGUUACGGACGAUGUCAUUUCCCAGUACAAGGACAUUGUGGACCUCAAUGCUCAAGAUUACAGACUGAUCAACUGGCACAUUGCCAACUUGGAGUACAGCAACGCUAUCAAUUAUCAUCAACUGAGUCUCCAGGGCUGGGAUAUUGACGCCGGUAAUGAAUGGGAGGGAAAGCACACCAUGGUGGUUGGCGGGUACCAAACCGUACCCAGAGGGCUUAUGCAUUGCCCUACUCCUCUUAACGUCCGGCAACGGUCCCCAGUCGAGCGAAUUCGAUACAGCCCGGAGGGGACGGGCCGGGUGCUUGUGGAGUGCGAGGAUCAGUUCACAAUCGAGGCCGACUACGUCGUUAAUACGAUCCCCCUGGGUGUGCUGAAGCACGCGAGCGUUGAAUUAUUCGACCCGCCUCUCCCUCCUUGGAAAAUGGAUGCCGUCGACCGUCUCGGCUUCGGCGUCCUCAAUAAAGUUAUUCUUGUCUACAAGAAUGCAUUUUGGAACGAGGACCGAGACAUCUUCGGUGUUCUCAGGAACCCUCCAAAUCGCCACAGCUUGGACCAGACGGAUUACUCUCCACAGCGAGGGCGAUUCUUCCAAUGGUUCAACGUCUCCAAUACCAGCGGACUGCCCGUCCUCCUCGCCCUGAUGGCAGGGGAUGCCGGGUUUGACACGGAGAAGACCUGCAAUGACGACUUAGUCGCCGAAGCCACCGAGAUCCUCCGCAGCGUCUAUGGUCCUUCGGUCCCAGACCCGAUAGAGACUGUGGUCACGAGAUGGGCGUCGGACAAGUUCGCACGCGGCAGCUACUCCUCUGCAGGCCCGGACAUGAAAGCCGAUGACUACGACGUCAUGGCCCGGCCGAUCGGCAACCUCUUCUUCGCGGGCGAGCAUACGACCGGCACCCACCCGGCCACCGUCCACGGCGCCUACCUCUCGGGUCUCCGGGCCGCGUCGGAGGUGCUCGACGCCAUGCUGGGGCCCCUCGAGGUCCCGACACCCCUCAUCCUGCCCAAGGGAUCAUCGGCCGAGUCCCGCAAGCGCAAAGCGCCCGAGACCAAGGACCCGACCAAAGCUCGCCUCGAGGCUUACGAGAACGCUAUCUGGGACCACGUCGUGGCCGAGAUCGGGCCCCGGCCGCUCAAGCCGGCCAAGCCGGCGAUGAACGCGUACCUGUUCUACAGCAAGGCGCACCACGAAGCCGCGCGCAAGAAGUGCGAGGAGGGCCGGCGGCCGGGCAAGGGCAGGCCGAGCGCCAACGAGGUGAGGGUCAUGUCGGCCAAGAUGUGGCGGGACUGCCCCGCGGAGGAGCGGCGGCCGUUCGAGGCGCUGGCCGAGGAGCACAAGCGAGCGCACGCCGCGGCCGUGGCGGGCUUUGCCGAGAGGGCGGCCGUGUGGGACGGCAAGGCGCUAGGGCUAAGGGCGCGGUACGAGAGGGAGAACCCCAGCGUCCCCGGCCCGGAGGAGGAGGGGGCGCUGGCGGCGGCGGCGGCGGAUAGGCGGGCGAGGAGGAGCAAGUUGAAGGUCGAGAGCUAUGCUGAGAGCGAGGACAGCGACCGGUGA